ACUCUGCCUAAAGUUUAACAUAUUGCUCUUGUGAUUUCCCCCGCCCCAUUCCGAAGGCUUAUUAGAAGAAGACAACCAGUGGAUGACCCAGAUAAACAGACUCCAGAAAUUAAUUGAUAGACUGGAAAAGAAGGAUCUCAAACUUGAACCACUGGAAGAAGAAAUUAUUGAAGGAAAUACUAAAUCUCACAUCAUGCUGGUACAGCGUCAGAUGUCUGUGAUAGAAGAUGAUUUGGAAGAAUUCCAACUUGCUCUGAAACACUACGUGGAGAGCGCUUCCUCCCAAAGUGGAUGCUUGCGUAUUUCUAUACAGAAGCUUUCAAAUGAAUCUCGCUACAUGAUUUAUGAGUUCUGGGAGAACAGCAGUGUGUGGAAUAGCCACCUGCAGACAAAUUAUAGCAAGACAUUCCAAAGAAGUAACGUGGAUUUCUUGGAAACUCCAGAACUCACAUCUACCAUGCUAGUUCCUGCUUCAUGGUGGAUCCUGAAUAACAACUAGAUGUUGCUAGACAUUUUUGUUAUGGUUCCAAGUGUUAAAAAAGUGUUCUUAUCUAAAAUGUUGAUUGGAAAAUUCUCUGUGAUUGUUAAUCUACUGUACACCUCUGUUUAAUAUAUUUACUCUGAGUGUACUCUUUUAAAAUGUAUUCUAUAACUUUAUCAUACAUUCAUGUGAAUUUUAGCUCAAUUUUCAAAGUUCACUAUUAUUCUCAAUAUUUGAUGCUAAUUGCUUUGCUACAUUGUAACCAACCCAAAAAAUUUAGUGACAAAAUCCUAAUAUGUUAAAAAAAGCAUAUGCAUAAAGGAAUAAUAUUGUGAAAAAGAAUGUGUUAUUAUACAGAAAAAGAUUUAAAGUGAGAGAACUUUUGAACAUUACUUCAUAGGACAGAUUUGGUAAACUGUCAUAUACUAUUAAGGGUUAAAUCAGUGUUUUGUGAUAUUUAAGUAACCAGACUUUCUAUGAAUGAAGCUUAUUCUUCAAUAAUGUCUAUUCCAUCCCCAACUCAUGGUCUUGUGAGUAUUCUCUUUACUUUAAAAGUUAUACAUUGGCAUAAAACAAGCUUAGCUGUAACCUAUAGGAUGUAUCUCUAUCCAUCUUUCAGGUUAUAAUUGGUUUUUCAUGAGCAAACAAUUCUGGGGAAAGUUAGAAUACCAUUCUGUAAUAUAACAUCAUUAUGUCAUUUAUUGUCAUUAAAAGUAUUUGUAAGUUAAGCAUAUCAAGAAAAGGAUAGAGAAAAUGGUUUAAAUUUUAUGUACAUGAUUCUGAUACUAACUUUCUUAUAAUAAAUAGACAUUUACAUUUACAUAGGAUUCCAAAAUACUUUAAAAACAAAAAUUUUAAUCUAAGUGAACAAUAGAAGACAGAAAACCAACACAAAACUUUAAGGAAGUCAUAAAAUAGUAGGAAAAGUACUAGGCAGAAGACAUUUAUUUUCCAGUUUCAACAGUAGGAUAAUUAAAACUAUGUACCUUUUAAAAAUAUUUUUGAUAAUAAAAGUCUCUGCUGUUCCAGUUAUAAACCUGGCUAAUGAAAAUAGAAUACAUAUAAAAAUGUGUUACCAAGUUAUUCUGUAGUCCAAAUUCCUUCAAAACCACAAGUCUCGAAAAAAUUGUCAGGUAAAAUUUUCCUGUAUUUUUUUCUCACUGUUGAAAAUGUCAGGAAUAAGAGGAAAGUUGUGCUAAAAUUUUAUUUCUUAAAUAUAGAACUUGAUCUAAAAUAUUCUUUAAAAUUAAUUUAUGAAACAUCAACUUUUACACUUUUACCAAUACUAUUAUAUACUCUCAGUCCUCAUUCCAUCCAAAUAAAAUUAAAGAAUAAUUAAAGAAAUAAAUAGUAAAUUUUGUCAUAUUAUGCACACAUAUACAUUUGAGUAUGUGUGUGUAUGUUUGUGUCUCUGGUCAACUCUAAGGGUGACAAGCACUAUGAAACAACACCUGGCUCAACUCUUAAUUUAUAGACAAAGCAAAGAACAUUAAUGGAGAUGUACAAUGAUUAUUCAAACAAGUUAUACAUAUGUACAAAGGCAAAUAGAUAAAAUAGUUUUUGCAGUCUUACUCUGAUUGUAUGUACUAAGAAAGGAUAAAAGGCUUUAAAACCUAAGGAAUCUUGACAUACAAACUCUUGAAAAUGUUGGUUAUAAGUGGUUUUGAAAAUACAAAUUGUAGCCAUUCAAAACAUUGCUUUUGUUGGUCCAUUCAAGUAUCCAAUUCAAAAACCAUAUUAAGUCUUUUAGGUAUAAUGCAGUUUGCAAAGUAGCAUAGUAGUACGACUUUAAAAGGGUUCUGCCCUCAGCAACAGUGCUAAGUGCUCUCUGGAUUCUAAAUUAGAAUAAGUUCUAUCACAUUUUUUAAGCUAGAAUAAAUAAUACUUCAGAAUAGGCAAAUAAUAAGGCAAACCAAUUUAAUUAUAUGGUAAUUCUGACCCCAGUUCUUAUACAAAUUAUAUAUAUAUAUAUAUUUCUGUGUAUGUUUAUGAGUUGAGUGUAUGUGAAUGUGUGUAUAUGUGUAUUCACACACACACACACACACACACACACACACACACACACGCAUAUAUACACAAGAACCUAUAGUAUAAAAGGAAAAUAGUAGGGUUAAAACAUGAGAAAACUGAACCCUAAGUAUAAAUAUCUUAUUUUAAAAUAAGCAAUACAUUUAUGGUUAAUAGUUGUUUUCUAUUUUUAAAAAUCCAGUUUACUGGGGAACAAGCUUAUUAAGGGUACUGAAAGACCAAGGAGGAAAGUUUAUUAUGGACUAAAAGCUUGAAUCUGGGUAACAAGCCCCAAAACCAGUGAAGAAAUAGGUACUAGUUUUAGAAGUUCACAAUUCAGUGAAACAAACUUUCUGCCAAAUGAUAGCCUUGAAUGCCUUGCCAACAGACCUGGGAACUGAGAGAAUGGGAGUGAGAAGAGUUUACACUUACCUUUAUAUCAGCAAUUUUUUUUUGACAGCAUGCUGGAACAAACUUUUUAAAAUUUUUUUACAAUGGUAAAUUCAGGGUGACAUGCUGCAGAUUUAUUAUAUAAAAUGUCUGGGAAUUAUAAACUUUAAACGCCAAAAUUCUUCAUCCAUACAUGUUCUUGUUAAAAGAAAUUAAACAAGUGAAAAUUAAUGCACCUCAAUUAUUUGCAAAUGUCUAAAUUUUUCCUCUUUUGAAAAUGAAAAUAUCAGUUAUUUUGCAGUUGCUGAACUACAAUUCAUAUGGUCUGAUUGGUGAAAUAAAUCACAGAUGUUUUUCACCUUCGGUUUCAUUCGCUACCAUUGCUUCCAAAUUAUCAAUCUCUGCUAAUAAUUGUGUAUCUAAGACAAGAUUAGUAUCAAAACUUAGAGACCAAUUAUUUAUUUAAAAAGAGAUGCCUAUUAAAAAAUUAUCCUUCUCGUCACUGAGAACUAUGCAUUGAACAUCCUGGAUCAUUCUAAGCCUCUGGAGAGAUUGUAAUGAUCUUUUCAUGAGCUGGCAUGAAAUCAGUGGGAAACAAACAAAAGCAACAAGAAAUUAUGUACCAUAUAUACACUAUAGUAAAUACUGUAUAUCUGAGAAUCUUUACAGCUUACAUUUCCAUUUCAUUAUUACAAGUGAUGAAAAGAAAAAUAUUCCAAGUAGCAUGCAAAUUAUAAAUACAGUUUUCUCCCUUCACUAACCAAAUUUCUACUUUCCAGGGUACUUCUCAAUUUAUAUAGGAAACUGCCUACAAAACUGAAACUGAUUAAAAAAUUCUUUAUAGUUUAAAAUAUCUUUCUCAUUUUAAGAGAGGCUAAAUAGUCAACCAUCAAAAUUAAAAAUAAAUUGAAUAGUCACAGUCCAUUACAGUUACUGUUAGUAGAUCCACUUUAUUUGCAGGUGUCCAAAAUAUAAAAUGAAUAAUUCUUUAUCUUCAAAUUCAUCUGUUCUUAAAAUGCUACUUAAAACUUUGGUUGUUCUCCUGUAAUAUAAAAGAGUUAGUAUCAAUUGAUUGAAUACUGUUUUUAUUAAUUAUCUUAUCAAACCAAAUACUGUGAACUUAACAAGUACUUACAGAUAUAGAUGCAUGUUGUUACAGAAACCAUUAAAGUAACUGGAAUUGUUAGUUCUUGUGUGUUUAAAAAUAUGUGCAAUUCAUUUUAAAUAUAUUAAAGUGUAUUCCAAACCUGCUGUUCUGUUUCUGUGGUACCUAGCUUUAAAAAAUGUAAUGUGUAAAUCAAAAGUAAACUUAAUUCUAAUGUAUAAGUUUGCAAUAAAUGUGUCAAAUUUUUAUUUACACAACGAAAUGUUAUUAAAGGUGGAAAGUCUACAAAUGAAAAAGUGA